AUGAUAGUGGCUGGAUCAGCUGAUAUCGAUGUCUCUCCGUCGAAUUAUAAGCAAGGUGAACCCCCUGUGACAAUUUACGCCCUAGACGCAAUCGAUUCUAAGGCAUCACAAUAUACGGACAUAUACGGAAUCGAGUAUGCUAGUGGCACGGAUACAUCUGGCACCGUAUGUGAGAAGGGCACCUCUUUCGCUGCCCCGACUAUUGCAGGGUUUUCUGAAUAUCUGAUAUCGAUUGAUUUGAGCUUACAGGAAGUGGAAACAGUGGCCAAAAACGUAAAAGCCAAGAUUGUGGAGCUAAGAGAUAUACGUUGGUGGUAUGCGUUUUAUUUGGAAUGGUAUGGACGGAUCAGGCUGCUAGAUACUGCCACUGUCUCAUCCAGGGCUAGAACGAAAAGCUCAAUCUCUAUUUGA